UAUUGUUAUAUUAAUAAAUAUAUAUACAUACAAGUAUACACAAUGAAAACAUCUAGAUUACAAGCUGCAUUUGCUAGAAAACGCGAAGCAGAAAAUAUUCGUUUUGAACGUACACAAGAGACAAAUCGUUAUUUUGAUCAUUGGGGCAAAGUAACAUCACGUUUUCAAACAUGGACAACACCUGAAUAUUAUGAAAAUGCUGAAAAAUCAUUAAAAAAACAAAAAGAAGAACGUAUGAAAGAGGAAAAAUUAAAUGAGAGAAGAGAAAAAUUACAAAAACUUUUAGAAAUGGAAAAUCAACAAUAUGAGAAUGAAUUACAAGCGAUAAUGUUAAGAAAACAAUCACCAUCAGUUUUAUUAAGUGGUCGACGUUCUAAAUAUGAUUCAAUUGAUACAAAUAUAUUAGAAAAAAUAAAAGAGAAUCGAGCAGAAGAAAUGAGACGUUUAGAAUUAGAAGCAAAAUUAUAUAAAAAAUGGCGUAAUCCAAUGAGCGGUGUAACAUUAUCAACAACACCAUUAGCAAUUAUUGGUACAAAUGAACAUUUAAAAGAGAAAUCCUUAUUUGAAUCAAAAAGUGAUAAUGAAGUUAUGGCAAAAUUAAAUUGGUUAGAUAAACAGAUUGAAAAUCAAAUGAGACGUGAAGAGGAGGAAAAAGAAACGCAAAAACGUAUACUUAAGUUGCAAGAGGAGGCAAGAAAACGUGAAGAAAUACAACGUGAACGACAAUUAAUACGCGAAUCAGAAAUAAAAGAAUUACGAGCUUUACAGGAAAAUCAUGUUAAGGCAUUAAAACAACGAGAACAGGAAACUACUCAAUUGCAGCAAGAUGAAGAACAUUAUCGUCAUAUAUUGGAUACAAUUGAAAAUGAAAUAACUAUUUUGAAAUUAAAUUACGAAGAUUUUUCCAAACAGCUAAAUGAAGUAAAUUUACCACAUAACUUAAAUAAAAUAAAAAUUUUAUUUCGGCAAUUAUCUGAAGAAUUUAAUGAACGUUUUCAAAAAGAUAUUGAAUGUUUAAAAAGAAUUAAAAUUUUAUAUUCAUAUUCUGAAAAUUCUACUUUUGAUGCUACUCAAAAUGAAAUUUUAAAUCAAUCAGACAUUUCGAAUAUGUAUGAAUCUGAAGCAAAAAAUAAUUUUAAAAAAUGGAAAGAAUAUUGGUAUAAUGAGGAAACUAAUAGAAAAACAAAAAUUAUUGAUUUAUUAGAACGUGAUCAAAUUUAUUAUGAUUUGAAAUUAUCGGAAAAUUUAAAACAACAAAAAAUUGUUCUUGAAAUACGUGAAACACAUUUGGCAGCUAUUGAAAAUUCAAAUGAUAAAUUGAAAAUGUUAAUUAAUAGCAAUAAUACAGCCGGAUCUGUAACAGAGAAAACAACAGAAUUAGAAAAAUCAUUAGAAGCAAUAAAUCUUAAUCAAAAAAAUCCUAAUAAUGAUAUAAAUAAUCGUACUGGUUCAAAUAUAUUUUGGAAUCAAACACCAAGAAAUGAUCACACUAGCACUGAUCCAAAAUUAAUGAAUGGCAAUAGGAAUGUAUCACGUUGCAGUAGUCGAAUAAGUAAUAUAUAUGAUUUAAAUAGUUAUCGUGAAGAGAGUGCCAAUUCAUAUAAAAAUACAAAAUCAAGAAUAUUUAGUUGGAUUGAUGAUGAUAAUGCUGAUGACAAUAAUAACGCUAAUAAUAGUAAUUAUAAUAAUGGUUCUAAUAAUAAGAAUAUAUCAGGUAUUGGUAAAUCACAAUUAAAUGGACGUAAUAAUUUUAAUCGAAGAAAAUUUACAUCAAAUACUAUUGAUUCAUCUAUACCAAUAACUGAUAAUGCUGUAUUAAGUACAAGAGAAGAUUUAAUUAAGAAUUUUAGACAAAGAAAUUCAUCUCAUUUCAAUACAAAUGAUGAUAAUCUAUUAAGUAGGUCAAUUCAAGCUAAUGGCAAUUCUUCUAAUGUUAAUAAUAAAAAUAUUGAAGAAAAUAUUAAAAAAUUUCAAUAUAAUCGUGAAUACGAUCAUAUAAAUAAUAAUUUUAAUAAUAAUGAUUGCAAUGAUAAUCUUGAUAAAAGAACAACAGCAACAAUUCCUAUUAUUGAUGAGGAAAAUAAAAUGAAAUUUUCAGAAAAUAAUAAAAUUUUAGAAUCAAGUUGUCGGAAAAUUGAAAACAAUUCUAGAAUAAAUAAUGAGAAUAAUAAAACUAAUUUAAAUAAUAAUAAUGGCAACGAUAAUAAUAACAAUAAUAAAAAUGAUAAUAGUUUUCACAAUGAUAAUUUCAAUAAUAGUGGUAGUUCUGGUCCGAAAUUUGGAAAGAAAAAGGUAGCAUGGACUUAAAUGAAAUUUUAUACUUUAGUACUAUAGUAAAAUAGACAAAGAGAAAAAAAAACAGAUUGAUGUUGGUGCACAAUUUUAAUGCUGCUAUUAUUGCAUUGUUCUGGAUUAUUGUGACUCGUUUCUCUUUUUCCAAUUUUUUACUUGAUUUUGUCUUUUAUUGCAUUUUAUAUUCUCAAAUUAUUAUAAAUAAGUUUUCGUUUCAAUAUAGUUUUUUUUUUUAAUUUUGCAUUUUUAGAAUUUUUUAUUCUUUUGCUUCUGUUUACUAAAAGUUUUAAUAGUCUUUGAA